AUGCAGAGCCACCGGUUUGCCUCUUUGCCUCUGCUUCUGCUAUACAUUAUUGUGUACGUGCCGCCGCUGCUGGUGCCCUACCGGAGCCACGGUUUCUGGCUGAAGCAGAGCACGUACCUGGAGCAGCCCACUGUGCGGUUCCGGUACGAGGUGCUCUUCGUGGCCACCAUCGGGCCCGGCCCGGGCAGCUUCUUGGCGUGGAGCACGUUCCCAGCGUUCAACAGGCUGCAGGAGGACCGGCUGCGAGUCCCGCUCCUGUCGACUAGAGAAGAAGACAAAAAUCAAGAUGGCAAAAUGGAUCAGUUGCAUUUUAAAUUGGAGCUUCCGCUACAACCUACAGAGCAUGUAGUUGGUGUUCAGCUGAUUCUACUCUUCUCCUACCAGCUUUAUAGAAUGUCAACACUUGUGAUGCAGAGCAUGGCUUUUCUUCAGUUUUUUUCUCCUGUGCCAGGGUCUCAGCUCUAUAUGAAUGGAGACCUGAAAUUGAACCAGAGGCAAUUACUUAACCAUUGUGGACUGGAUACCAGAUACAAUGUGUCUGUGGUCAAUGGCACAAGUCCUUUUGCGAGUGACUAUGAUCUAACAAACAUCAUUGCAGCAUAUUGGGAUAGAAAUGUGACAACAGUCUUUUCGGAUCCCAACCCUGUUUGGGUGACUGGAAGAGCAGCAGAUACACCAUUUAUCAUUAACGCCACCAUUCAUUAUCCAGUGGAAGUUAUCUUAUAUCCUUUGAAAACUGCGUAAACUGUGACAUAACUGGGUUGCAUUAUUUGGGCUUCCACAUAUAGGCCAAAUGAAAACUGUUUUCUUCUAGACUCGUUGCUAAACUU